CAGCCCACUCCAUAUCCUUCGACUAGUUGCGCGCCGUUUGAUAUCUUUCAGGACGCUUUUCAUCACUGUCUGAAAACCCUCUAUAUUCUCAUCGCGCGCUUUUUUCUUUCUUUCUUUCUUUCUUAAAACCCUAAUGUAUGGCGGGGGAAGGUGAAGGAAAGAAGAAGAUGUCGAAGAAGGGAGCAACGCGGAGAGAGCUCCUGGACCGAUGGAGAGGUAUUGAAGAUGAAGACGACGAUGAUGAUGACGAUGCUAUUGCUUCUUCUGAUCCUUCAAGAAGUCGUCGACUCCGCCAACUUAAAGAGGAAUGGUUUUCAGAUGCAUUUAACUUCCUGGUUUAUUUGCCAAAAGAAAAUCAUAUCUGGUGUGGUGCUUGGGAUUUGAUGGGACCUCUCUUGGAGACAUUCUAUAAUUAUUUUAAAGAUGUCCGCCUUGAUUCUCCUUUGAAGCUUUUAUGGAAGAGGAUAUCUGAAGAAAUGCGACAAUGCACACAAUGUAUCUGUCAGCAUCACCAAGCUCAAGAGAUGUAUAAUUCGGAGUAUGAGUUGAGUUCCAUUGGCCCUCUUCUUAGUGUGCUGCAGAGUCUUGAUGAAGAAAGGGUAUCUCAACACCUGAAAGAGAUCAAUUCAAGAAUAACACAGGGAGGAUAUGAUCCUGUGCGUGAUCAUGUUGAAGUUGUUAGUGUCAUGUUUGAGGUUUUGAUGUUCCCCAUCCUGUUGGAGGACCAGUCAUUGGUCACUGAGUUUCAAAUAUUUGUUGAAGUAAUUGAUAACGCUCACGAACUGACUUUGUCUGGACAUCAACAAUAUCCGGGAGUUUAUGCAUUACUUUUCCUUAAAAGUAGAAGAGCACGUUCUAUUGGUUUACGCCUAGCUGGAAACAUGGGAAAAUUGAGGAGAGCAACAGAUUUGGAACCUUUGCAGCCUUUGCUCAAGAAAUGCAUUGGUUUUUUAGAGACAGAAGCAUUGCCAUCGACUGUUGACACUUCCAGGCCCAGGGUGCAGCUGGAUCAUAUAACUGCAUGGCUUGGGAUCAAAGCAUUGCUUGGAUUUUUAGAGCCUCCAGCAUUUGAAGAAGGCAUAUUGGAGCGAUAUCCUGUUUUUCUUAGUAUUGUACUCAACCAUAUCAGUGAUGAUUCAUUUGAAUUUUCCUAUGCAGUUAAUUGCCUGAGACUACUCUUUGAAAUGCUUGGAUGCAAGCUUUGGUUGAGGGCUACAUUGUCUCCAAGCUUAAUGCGCAACACUCUAUUGGGGCAAUGUUUCCAUACUCGAAAUGAGAAAAGCCACAAGGAGAUUUUUGACCUUUUCCAGCCUUUUCUGCAGUCUCUUGAAGCUUUGCAAGAUGGUGAGCAUGAAAAGCAGCGAAGGCAUUUUAUUUAUUUUCUUUUACAUCAAGUUACUGUCAGCAGUAACUUCAGCAUUCUGAUGAGAAAAAAGGCUUGUCAGAUAGCUCUUCUCAUCAUUCACCGAGGUUAUAAGAUUAUCCCACCUUGCCCGCCUUUUGAAUGUGCACAUAUGUGGGGUCCUUCUCUGGUGUCUUCUCUAAAGGAUUCGUCGCUUCACAGUUCUCUGCGACAACCUGCGUUUGAUCUUAUUCAAACUAUUUUAGUAUCUGAUGCUGCAGCUUUGGUAACUUCAAUGCUGAACUGCCACACACCUCCAAGCUUUAGUAAAAACAUGUCUUCUGAGUUCAAUGAUGAUGAUGAGGAUGAAGGUGUUUUGUUUGCUCGUGAUGUUGAAGAGAAGGAUGAUAGUUGCUGGAAUGAAUUCAACUUGCAGAGUAAAGUCACCUCAAGGGAAUUUGGGGAAUGGAUGUGCAGUCCAAUGUUGUGGUUUGAUGUUUUAGUUGAAAUUGAUCCCUUAGUCCUUCCUGUAUCAUUUUCCAAGGCUGUUUUCUGGGCUUUAUCUCGUUUUUCUAUAGUAGAACCUGAGAACAGCACAGAAAUGGCACUUCCAGUUAGAAAUUGGUUGUCAACUUGUGCCUCAGAAAUCUCACAUCUAUUUGGAUGGAAGGUUCCAUUAGGUUAUGAUGAUGGUGGGGAUGGGAAGGAGUCAAAAAACUCAAUCAAAGUUUCAACAAUGUGUAUUCCUUUAGUAAAAGCAUUCAAGAGAUUAAUUACUCAUUUUGGUGUUAAAAUGGAGCAAGGAGAGCUUCGUAAGCAGUGGACCUGGGAACCAAGGAUGAGUGAAAGUUUGAUUCUUUUGCUUGUGGAUCCUAAUGAUAAUGCGAGGCAAGUUGGUAGAAGUAUCCUUGAACAAGUUUCAAACACGCGUGGCCUUGCUUGUGGUUUGCAGUUUCUUUGCUCCUGCUCCUCUUCUUUGUCUGCCAUUCUUUUUGGUUUAAGACACGCUUUGAAGCUGGUUCAAAUAGAUUCAGUUCUGUUAAAUUUUCAGAUUUUACAUCAUUUCUUCUUCGUUCUGUGCAAACUAUUAAAGGAAGGGGUUACAUCUACCGCAACCUUGCCCGGAAACUCACCAGAUGACAUAAAUAUCUCAAAGGUCUCUUCGCAAGGUGGGUUUCUGUGGCAGCCAGUCUUUGAUUCUGUGGCCCAUAAUGUUGAUGGACAUUCAGCAAAUGUCGACUUGUCGUCUUGGGAGGAGUUUAGUUACUUACUAGCAGGAAUUGCAUGGCCUUUCGUUCAGAAGUGCUUGGCAGAAGGGAAAGCAUUUAUUGGUUACAAAAUCUCCCAGAUGACUUGUAUCCGUUUACUUGAGAUCCUCCCUGUUGUUUUCGAAAGGCUUCACCCUUCAUUUCAUAAAGUAUCUGGGAAAUCGGGGAUGAUGGACAAUUUUAUUGACUACAAAUGGCUUAAUGAUUUGAUGGAUUGGGGAAGGUCAUCGCUUGCAGUCAUAGUUAGAUACUGGAAACAAACUCUGGUUUCUUUGCUAGGUUUGCUUAAGAGGUCAUGCUGUGAUAAUUCUACUUCAGUGAUCAAGGCCAUUGAGAAACUUAUUUCAUGUGAAACUGUUGCUUUGGAUGAAUUGACAGAACAUGUAUCACGCCUUUCAGUUUCAUUAUCGGCUGGACGUUCUAAGGUAGUUAAAGAUAUAAACUUAAAGUCAGGUUCUUUAGCUGCUGAAGACUUGCCAUUCAGGAGAAAGUUUUAUGCUCAAGAUGCAAAACCUUCCUCGGAGGAUACAAAUGUGCAGAUUCUGGACUCAGUAUCAUCAGCUAACAAGAGGGAUAGAGAUACUGUCAUUGUUCUUUCCGAUGACGAGACACAGAUGGAAGUUUCAGCCAAUAAGUCCAUCCUCUCCAAUGUGAUGGCAAGUCGUUGUGUGUUGGAUGAAAAAAGAAGGGCUGCUAAAGGAGUUUCUCGAGGUGAUUUUGCCGAAAUGAAUGUUACCACCACUGGCACUUCAGAGAACUCAAUAGAGGAUUUUCAGCAAGCCGAUCCUGAUUGUGCUGGUUUUGUUUCACAGAAAAUUGACUCAGAUACAUUGCGAGGCAGACUAGAUCCUGCAUAUCUAAUCAAAUCAAAAGCUGUAGAUAGUAAUAGCAAAGAUAAAGCUGUAGCUGUAGAUAGUAAUAACAAAGAUAAAAACUCCAAAUGUAGUGUAAAUGAUACUUUGCCAUUGCAAUGUAACUAUAAAUUGGAGAAUUCAUCUGGUGCAACAGUCAGUUCCAAAAGAAUGGAUCAAGCAUGCAUCAAAAAGGAUUCAGAAACAAGUGCUACUGUCAUAAAAGAGUUGGUUCCUGAUACUGAAGCUGAUCCAUGGGAGUUUGCAUCAAAAUCUUCAAGGCGUCAACAAUCAUAUGCAAUAAAACCAACCACUACUGCUCCUAAACGGCAAGUCAUUCAACUUAACUUACCUGUGGAAAUCAGAUCUGGCUACUUACAUAAGAUGGAAGGUGGGUUUAAAAGAUUCAGGCCACCAAGGCUUGAUGACUGGUAUCGACCCAUCCUAGAGAUAGAUUACUUUGCAACAGUGGGAUUAGCAUCUGCAAGUAAAGAGGAGAAUCAAACUGUUAGCAAAUUAAAAGAGGUCCCUGUGUCUUUUCAAUCACCUGACCAAUAUGUGGACAUUUUCCGACCAUUGGUAUUGGAAGAGUUUAAAGCACAGUUGCAUAGUUCCUUUCCGGAGAUUACUUCUUCAGAAGAGAUGAGUUGUGGCAGUCUAUCUGUGUUGUCAGUUGAGAGAAUUGAUGAUUUUCAUCUUGUUCGCUGUGUCCAUGAUGAUGAUGUUCCUGCAGGAUGUAGAAGCUGUUCAGAAAAUGACCUCAUUUUGCUUACAAGACAGCCUCUGCAAAAUUCUUCACAUGAUGUUCACAUGGUUGGAAAGGUGGAGAGGCGUGAGAAAGACAUCAAAAGAAGAACAAGUAUGUUAGUUAUCAGGUUCUAUCUUCAAAAUGGAUCACGUCUGAAUCGAGCUAGGAAGCUCCUUAUUGAACGAAGCAAAUGGUAUGUUAGUCGCAUUAUGAGCAUUACACCUCAACUUCGAGAAUUCCAGGCACUAUCCUCGAUAAAUAAUAUCCCUCUGCUUCCUAUUAUCUUGAAUCCCGUCAGUCAUCCUUUUGGUCAUUAUGAGCCUAAAAAAGGAGACCUCAGUAAGCUUCCCCAACCAUUGCGGCGUGUUAUUAAAUCAUCAUAUAAUGACAGUCAACUUCGAGCUAUUGGUACUGCCAUUGGACCUCUGGAUUCAAUGAAAGAAUAUGAAAUGUCUCUUAUACAGGGUCCUCCAGGUACAGGGAAGACCAGGACUAUUUUGGCCAUUGUCAGUGGUUUGCUUGCUUUUUCUUUACAGCGAAUGAAUUAUAUGAAGAAACCAUUAAAUGACUGUUUAAAACCAAGCCAUAGUGUAUGUCCUAAUGUGAAAACCCAGCUUAGUCAAUCUGCUGCUAUUGCAAGGGCUUGGCAGGAUGCAGCCUUGGCUCGACAAUUGAACGAAGAUGUAGAAAAGAAUUGCAAAUACAUGGGAAAUGGCACAAGAGGAAGGGUGCUUCUAUGUGCACAAUCCAAUGCUGCAGUUGAUGAAUUGGUAUCAAGAAUGUCCAGUGAAGGGCUUUAUGGAAGUGAUGGAUCAAUGUACAAGCCGUAUCUUGUGAGGGUUGGUAAUGCAAAGACUGUUCAUCCUAAUUCACUACCCUUCUUUAUUGAUACACUUGUUGAUCAGAAGCUGGCAGAGGAGAAAAUGAAUGCAGGUGAUGCAAAGAAUGAUUUGAAUGUUGUCUCUUCAAUGGCUCACCGUGCUAAUCUAGAGAAGCUAGUAGACCAAAUUAGGUUUUAUGAAGCCAAGCGUGCUAACUUAAGGGAUGGAUAUUCCAACUCGAAAGGCUUAUUGGAAGGAGAAGCUUCAAAAGGGGAUGAUGGAAAGGAAAUGUCUGAUGCUGAAAUAGAUGCAAAACUAAGAAAAUUGUAUCAGGAAAAGAAAGCAAUCUAUAUAGAACUUUCGAGUGCACAGGCAAGGGAGAAGAAAGCGAAUGAAGACAGCAAAGCUCUUAAACAUAAGUUGCGGAGGUCUAUAUUAAGGGAAGCUGAAAUUGUGGUAACUACAUUGAGUGGAUGUGGUGGAGAUCUUUAUGGAGUGUGCUCUGAAUCUAUUUCAAGGCUUAAAUUUAGCAAUUCAUCUGAGCAUGCAUUGUUUGAUGCCAUAGUCAUUGAUGAAGCAGCUCAAGCUCUGGAACCAGCUACUUUGAUUCCACUCCAGCUCUUAAAAUCAAAGGCAACUAAAUGUAUAAUGGUUGGUGAUCCGAAGCAGCUUCCUGCUACAGUUCUCUCUAAUGUUGCUAGCAAAUAUAUGUACCAAUGCAGCAUGUUUGAACGUUUACAAAGGGCUGGUCAUCCUGUCAUUAUGCUUACUGAGCAGUAUAGGAUGCACCCAGAGAUAUGCCGUUUUCCGUCGUUGCAUUUUUAUGACAACAAGUUGCUAAAUGGCCAUCAGAUGUCUGAAAAGUCAGCACCAUUUCAUGGGACUGAGAGCCUUGGACCCUAUGUAUUCUUUGACAUUGUUGAUGGGCAUGAGCUUCAUGGCAAGAAUUCUGGUGGAAUGUCGCUUUAUAAUGAGUGCGAGGCUGAUGCUGCAGUUGAAAUACUUCGUUUUUUCAAGAAUAGGUACCCAUCAGAAUUUGUUGGUGGUAGAAUCGGCAUCAUAACUCCUUAUAAGUGUCAGCUUUUGCUAUUGCGUUCUCGGUUUUCUAGUGCAUUUGGAUCUUCUGUUACAGCCGAAAUGGAAUUCAAUACAGUGGAUGGUUUUCAAGGCCGGGAAGUUGAUAUACUGAUACUUUCAACAGUUAGAGCUGCUGAAACAUGCUCUGUAGCAACCAAGAUGAACUCUAGCAAUAUUGGGUUUGUUGCAGAUGUAAGACGGAUGAAUGUUGCUCUGACAAGAGCUAGGCUUUCCCUGUGGAUUUUUGGUAAUGCAAGAACGUUGCAGACGAAUCAUAACUGGGCUGCUCUUGUCAGGGAUGCUAAGGAAAGAAAUUUGGUAAUAUCAACUAAAAAGCCUUACGAUUCCAUGUUCGAGUCAGCUUCCAAGAAACAUGCUGUUGUAGAAAAUUCUGAUAAUCGUUCAAAAGAGCUGAAGAAUGGUGGAAAGAAUCAUGAACCUACCAGGCAUGCUGGGCCAAAGCAUAAUAACGCAGAGGACACCCAUGCAAGGAAGAAAAGGUACAUCGGCUCUGGAGCUCAUAUUGACAGCAGAAGAGCUAGAUAUGAAGAUAAUCUUUUAAUGACAAGCGGAAGUAAAACUAACAAAAGGGCCAGAGAUGAGCGUGAUCUUUCAGUAAAGAAAGAUCCCCAAUUUGAAGCUGUUGCUAAUUCAAGCAAGGGAAAAGGUGAGUAUGAGAAUCCAACUAGUGAUGUAGACCACUCUGAUAAAGUAACAGGUGAUAGAUAUAAACAUUUGAAACCAAAAGCGUCGAAAGGACCUGUAGAGUCUUUUGAACUCAAUAGAAGGCAGAAAAAAAUGGGAGCAGCAAUACUACCCCCUGAAGGCAGCGUACAAGAGAGAGAUGGGAACGAUGGAGGCAGAGCUUCAAAUCAGAGUGACACACCCAAAGAUGCAAUCACACAAAGGAAACAACAACGUGAUGCUGUUGAUGCUCUUCUUUCUUCAGCUCUUAUUUCUUCAAAAAAGACACAGACUUCAUUGAAAUCUCUGCCUGCCAAAAGGCCUGAUUCACCAAAAUCAAGUGCGGGUCGUGGGAUUAAACCAACCAAACUAAGGAAAGUGUCAUCCUCAUCAAAUGCAAAGGAGGAUCAAACUCAUCAAUACCAUAGUAAGAGGGAAAAAUCUUUGCGCUCUCGGGAAUUUGGAUGAAGUCUUCUAGUAUUCCAUUUCAUGAUUAUAGGAGCUAAGACCAUCUCCAUAUCAUUCAAUAGCCAACACUGAAAUUAUAGGGUUUUCUUCUUUGCCAACCAAACCAGAAGGUAACGGCUGCUUCUCCUCUCUGGUCUUGGAAUUUUGUUUGUAGAUGAGCCUCUUUCUUUUGGUUGAUGCUUUGUAUAGUAAUUCAUGUAGUCUUGGUCAUCAGCCUUUGGUCCUUAUGUUUGGUUUUCUUUCAAACUAAUCUAUGUAUAUUGCUGUUGACAUAAAUAAUAGUGAUCUGGUGGCCCCUAGUGCAAAAGUUUUGUAUAUAUUUUUUCAGUUCUUUUCUUUUGUUGUAA